GAGGAAUAUAUAAAUGGGCGGGCAGGGCUGAAAUUUCUAGUUGGUAGAAGAUAGUUUGCAAGCCUAUAACGAAGUUGUGUAUCGCACUAUGCAGGUCCACGUGACGUCGUUUGUCUUCGCUGCGUUGCUGAUCGCUUCGAUGGAAUCGAAACCACUCUGGCCAAGCGUACGUUCGGACGAUCAUCGAUACCUUUCUACACCCAUCAACGUGGACAGAGGAUUUCUUCAGUACCACGAUUCCCCUUAUUAUGUUUAUAACGUACAUUCCGAGGUAAAUGCGGCUCCUAUCAUAGCACAUGGGAAACUGGCUGCUUCUCAUUUACCUGUUUACAGCUUUUAUUACGGAACCCCGACUUACGACUUCCGGCUACCAUUGAAUCCGGUGUAUCCGCUAUUACCUGCUCCCCAUCCAGGAGAUCAACCAUCGACUGUAGGUGCAAAACCGAUCGAUGAAGAUGAUGAUGGUAUUGAAAAAUUGGAGACAAAGAUUGAAGGGGGGAAAAAGGAGAGGAAAUGAAAAAGUUAAACGAAAGCAUCGAUGAUAACCUUCAUUAUAUUUAACCGUUAAUCGAAGUAACUUUUGUACGUGGUGGAACGAAAUUUUGCGAAAUUCUUCUUAUUUUUUAUUUUCAUUAGUUCUUAAAAUCCGA